AUGUCGUCUUCACUCCCACCGCGGCAAUUUACGAUGGUGCCCGGGCAGGACAUCGACCCCCUCUUCCUCUGUCCGCUCUGCCAUGACUCCUGGGCUGACCCGGUGGAGCUCGUGCCGUGUGGCGAUAUCUUCUGCCACGCCUGCGUCCGCGCGGCACGCGCCCAGCACGCGGCACAGCCGAUGAUCAUGGAGAACUUUCAGUGCCCGCAGUGCCACACAGUCGUGCAGAGCGAGAAGAAGCCAAAUCGCAUGUUGCUGAACACCGUGCUGGAGGUGGAGGUGGAGUGCCGGUACUGCGGGCAGCGCUGCUCCCGUGCGGCCUCCGCACACCACGAGUGCCCGGAAGGCACAAAACAGAAGGCGCUGGAGGAAGCAGCGGCUGCAGCAGCAGUGGUGCCGUCAUCGCCGCAACUCGUCACCUCGUCAUCGGCCACCGUAGAGCUCAACGUCGGGACGUCCACCGCGCCAUCGCCGUCGAGAGCGCAGGCACCCCGGCGCGCCUCCGGCUCAUCCUCGCGGGCAGAAGACUUGGCGGUCGCACCGCCAGCCCCGCGCGGGCCGCGGCGGGCGGUGCAGGAGAUCGAAGGGGCCUUUGCUGCAAUCGAGGAUGACCCAACCUCGACCACGUUUCGCACACGAUCAAGGGUGCAGACGGUCGAAGAAACCGGGGGAGAAGGAGAGGCCGGAGGAACGCCCCACACCGCAGCGCUGACGACGCCGCUCUAUCCUGAAUUACACGUCGUUGCCCCUCCCGCAUCCGCCGCACAGGGAUCUGCACCGUCGCCGGCAACGGGCACCUCAGGACCAACCGCGCCGGACUCCGCGCUGCGCACGGCAGAGCCGUGGCGGUACUACGGCCUCACCCAGCUCGAGUAUGACCAGUUGGUGGGCCUCUUCGUUAUGUUUGACGAAGGCACCGGCCGGCUGAACCAGCAGCAGCUGCGUGACCUGUGCUUCUGCAUGAACUUUGUGCAGCGCGAGGAGGACGUGAAGGUGGUCUUCCGCGCCAUGGACGGCGACCGCCUGGGCUACGUCACACAGGACGCCUUUUUGCUGUGGCUAAGCCACAACCGCCCCGACCCCAGCGUGCUCUUUGGCCUGACCGAGUUCGAGUACACGGACGCGAUUCUUCAGUUUCGCUCCGCCGAUCCCGAAUACAACGGCAUCAUCGACGCGAACGAAUUCUGCGCGCUCUGCUUGACGAACGGGUACGCCGGCACGCCGGAGGAGGCGAUGCGCUACUUCCACUUGUGCGACGAGCGCCACACGGGCUACGUCAGUCUUCUGCAGUUCCUGAGCAACUUGAAGACAAUCCAGCGCAUCCGUAGUAGUGGUGGUAAUGGUAAUGGUAAUGGUAGUGGUGGCGGCAACAGCACGGGUGCGCCUUGGCAGUCCCAGCAGCAGCAGCAGCAGGAAGUCCCGAUGCCUCGUGUGGUCGGCAACGCACCCACCGGGACCCAGUCUCCUCUCGGCAACACCGCUCUUCUCCGUUCCACCAAUUCAAGCUACAGCAUGUACGGCAGUGGCGGUGGGGAUGGUCGCCUGUACGCCAGCGUUGGCGACAACCCCCUCGGCUCCCCUUUUACGCAGCACAGCGGCUACCGCUCCCCCUACCCAGAACGGCAGUCUAGCAUGCACAGCUUCCUCUCAGCUGGUGGGCCAGUAGCGUCACCGUCGAUGUCGCAGUGUCAGCAAAUGCCGCAGCAACACCAACCCUUCCUGAGCAUGCCGAGCUCGCUCCCUGGAGAUGUCCAGCAUCAACAGCAUCAGCAGCAGCAGCAGCCGUACUCACAGAUGGGGCGCUCCACAACUCCGAAUGUGCCGCCGCUACUAAGGCCACAGGACGUUGUACAACAGCAGGGUAAGGCGCAGAAGUCAAGGUCACGGCUGCACCGCCCCUCUGCACGGCCGCAGCGCGACGAGGAAUGCGCGCUGAUGUAG